UCUGGCUUUUGGCCUUCACUCCACUCUGUUCUUCCCUAACUCCACAAAAACUCAGAGCUUUAUCAAAUUCACACACCCAAAUCUUCGUUCAAACCCAACAUUCGACUUCUUCUUCGUUAUUAAGAGAGAUGGUGUUCUGGUGCUGGGGUCGACCGUCUCCUCAAGAUCAGAAGGCUUGCAUUGACAAGUCUAGUGUCUUUAACUAUGAUGGCAAGUACAGAGGAGCAACUGCUAAGCCUGCAUCUAAACUUAGAGAGGAUAUGGAGCUCUCAAAAGAUGGCUUCUUAAUCAAUCAUGCACGUGUUUUGGUUGGUUCAGGCCACGAUACUUAUGAGAAGAGCAAGACAGGUCUUAAGACAUGGAGACAUUUUGAGUUGAAUUGGGCAUUUGUUGAUCCCGAGACCCCAAUACAAAGUGGGGCCAAGUUCUGUGUUUGUGUUAAGGAGUUUCUUCCGUGGGUCAUGAUGCCUCUUCAAGUGGUUUAUAUAAAUGAAAGUAGACGAGCAAAAAAGCCUGUGGCUUCAUUCGGUUUCGGUAGUGGAACCCUUCAAGGUCACCUACUUGCUGGGGAAGAGCGCUUUUCAGUUGAGCUGGAUGAAGAUAACCAAGUAUGGUAUGAAAUACUUUCCCUCUCAAAGCCAGCACACUUUCUGUCAUUUAUUGGAUACCCGUAUGUGCAACUAAGGCAGAAGUAUUUUGCUCAGCAAUCUGCCAAUGCAAUUAAGAAACAUUUGGCUGCUUCAUGACUGCAUGUAUGUUGCAAUUAUGUAUGUUAGAUGUAAACUCUACUGUUAACAUUUGUUCUGCUUUGUUACCAAGAGCUGUGGUAUCAUGGUGUUUAAUGAUUGAUGACUUGACAACCCCA